UUUGGACGGUUCCAACUAGAUUGGUUCAUUGUGCAAAAGACGAUAUUUGUUCCCCUGUGGGAGAAACAGACACACAAAAAUGGUUUCUUGGAACUCAUUUCCUUUAGAAGUGAUCUACCAAGUGUUUGGUUGGUUAGCUUUCCUUUCAUGGUCUGUUGCUGGCUACCCACAAAUCAUCUUGAAUUUUCGUAGGAAAAGUGUGGUGGGCUUAAGCUUGGAUUUUGAGAUUCUCAACUUCACCAAACACUGGUCAUAUCUCAUAUACAAUGCUUCCCUCUUCUUUAGUCCUGUUAUUCAAAAGCAGUAUUUUCAAAAGUAUGGUUAUGGACAGAUGAUUCCUGUAGCUGCUAAUGAUGUUGCUUUCUCCACUCAUGCAGUCAUAGUAAAUUUAAUUAUAUUGUUCCAAAUUGUAAUGUUUGAACGUGGAAGUCAAAAGUUCUCCAACUAUGCUAUUGCAAUAGUUGUUGUUGUGUGGUUUAGUGCUGCUGUUUGUUUUUUCAUAGCAUUGCCCACUCAAUCUUGGCUUUGGUUAAUCUCCAUUUUCAAUUUAAUUCAAGUAGUUAUGACCUUCAUCAAAUAUUUUCCCCAGGCAUUCAUGAACUUCUUGAGAAAGAGCACAGAUGGAUUUAGCAUUGGCAGUAUUCUCCUUGAUUUUUCUGGAGGGGUCUUAAAUUAUUCACAAAUGGCCGUUCAAUCCAUAGAUCAAGGUUCCUGGGUGAACUUCUAUGGAAACAUUGGGAAAGUACUUAUAUCCUUGGUAUCUAUAUUCUAUGAUUCUAUUUUUAUGUGUCAACAUUAUGUAUUAUACCGUGACAAGAAAGGACUUGCUUUUAAAAGUCCCGAAGAAGUCGAUCAACCACUAAUCUAUUCAAGUCCAAUAGAUCAACAAAUCAAAGAUUCUGUUAAAUCUUCACAUCAGUCUCCAGCUGAAGUAUGAGGUAUAUAUAACUUGGAGCAUGCAGUGCAGUAAAGACCUGUAAAAAAACAUUUCAGAAGAGGUCAACUCUUUAAAUGAAUAUCAUUUAUUAGUACUUAAUCUUUUUUUGCAUAAUGACACUGUGGGUUCACAAAAUAUAGUGUAUAAUAUGCAAAUGCUUGUAUUUUUUAAUUAGAAGGAAUAUUUGUUUGUUUGA